GAAAAGUUCACGUUUAAUCGCAAUCCAAUCGUAAUCAACCAACCAAAUACAACCAUUCUCAAUUGAAACUACCACUAUGGGCAAAAGCAAGCUUAAAGUUGCCCUUGCGGCAGAGAAAGGUGUCGACUUCAAGAAAUUGAAGGAAAAGAAGAAGCAUAAGGAAAGAAUUAAGAAGAGGCAAGAAAAGGAACCUAAGAAUGGUGGGGCGGAUCGUGAAGAAGAUGGCGAUUGGGAAGGCGUCGAUGAAGAUGAGGACAAGGUCGACGGCGACUCAAGACUUAUCGACGACGAGGCCGAGGAAGAUUCCGAAGAAGAAGAUAACGAGGAGGGACAUAUCGACUUUGAGGCUUUAGAUGAAAGCGACAGCUCCGAUUCUUCAAUAGAUCUCGAGGAAAAGAUUGAGCGCCCGCGGAAAUCUGCAUUAAAAGCGAAUAAUGCGAAGACAAAUGAGAAGAAGAAGAAGAAUAACGCUGAUGAGGAUGAGCAUGAGGAAGAAGAGGAAGAGGAGGAGGAAGACGAUGAAGAUAUACCCAUGUCAGACUUAGAAGAUCUACCAGACGAAGAAAAGGAAGAUCUCGUCCCACACUCACGCCUCACCAUCAACAACACCUCCGCACUCCUCGCCUCCCUAAACCGCAUAGCCAUACCCACCGACAAAUCCGUCCCCUUCGCAACGCACCAGAGCAUAGUCAGCGCCGAGCCCACGGCCGACGGCAUCGAGGACAUCCAGGACGACCUCAAGCGGGAGCUUGCCUUCUACGCGCAGAGCCUCGACGCCGCGAAGCGCGCGCGCGCGCUGCUCAAGGCCGAGGGCGUGCCCUUCUCCCGGCCGACGGACUACUUCGCCGAGAUGGUCAAGGACGACGGCCACAUGGAGAAGGUCAAGGCCAAGCUCAUCGAGGAGGCCAGCGCCAAGAAGGCCUCCGCCGAGGCCCGCAAGCAGCGCGACCUCAAGAAGUUCGGCAAGCAGGUCCAGGUCGCCAAGCUCCAGGAGCGGCAGAAGGCCAAGCGUGAGACGCUCGAGAAGAUUAAGACGCUCAAGAGGAAACGCCAAGAAUCCUCCGGCGACCUCGGCACCUCCGAGGCGGACCUGUUCGACGUGGGCGUCGACAACGAGCUGAGCAAGCACAACGCGCAGCGCGCCUUCUCGCGGGGCAAGGACGGCGAGCGCGCGGGCGCCAAGCGCCAGAAGAAGAACGAGAAGUACGGCUUCGGCGGCAAGAAGCGCCACGCCAAGUCCGGCGACGCCCUCAGCUCCGGCGACCUGAGCUCCUUCAACCCGCGCAAGAUGAAGGCUGGCGGCGCCGCCGGCGCCGGUGCGAAGAAGGGCGGGAAGCCCGUUAAGCCCCGUCUGGGCAAGAGUCGGAGGAACGCGGGUAAGCGGUAGUGUACAUACCUCCUAAGGUACCUAGGGAGUUUAACCUGAGGAGAGGGGUUGAGGGGGGAAGGAAGUAAGGUACAUGAAGUCAAGAGGUUUCCGCUCGGACUUGGGAUAAAAAAGAACAACAACAACAUAAUUUGUCGUAGAGAUACCAAAGUAGCCUCACAAAAUCAAGGAGUUAUGUUAUGCUUGGGGAAAAUACAAUUUCUCUUGCUCUGCGUUGAAAA